AUGUCCGCGCCCGCCGGGCUGCCGCCGCGGCCCGCCGGUGGUGCCGGCGCCGCCGUCCCUCAGAGGCCUCGGGAGGCCGCGGCUCCUCAGAGCGGCGCGUCUCGCUACCAGAACGGUCCUGUGCAGAGUCAGAUACAGUUCCCCUCUGGCUAUGGCUCGUAUCCUCCAAACUAUAGUGCACCCUCAGGACACUAUUCCCAAGUGCCCAGUAAAGCUGCUGCUUCACAUUUGGAUAAUCAGUAUAGAGCCAGUUACUACCCUACUUAUUAUCCAGCACCAGCACAAAAUGUUAUGACACCUUCUGUGGGUACCGGUGUGUUGAAUACACAGGAAUCGCAGCAGUUGUACAACAAGACUCCCCCCCAUACAGUGGGGUCAGCUGAAGGACCUAUUCAAGGAGCAAUAUCAUCUGCACCCUACUUGCAUACCAGUGCUCAGCAGGCAUAUUCAGCGUUUGGCGAUCACUACAGCACUUCUGUCAGCUCUUCAGUUUCGUCUCAGGGAUUUCCCCUUAAUUCUGUUCACUAUACCAUGCCUGUGGUUUCCAGUGCCGCGUAUCCCAAUGUUUCCUAUCCUCCUGCGGUUGCUGGCAGUGUGUAUGGGCAGACAUUUACCUCGCAGAGCCUACCUGCUGUUGGACAGUUCAAAGAGAUAAACACAUUUUCUAGCCAGAGUACAUCAGUACCUCAUUCACUUCAACAGCAAGUUCCCGUGGGAUACAGUACAUCAUCAGGUGUUCCUUCUGCUCAGUCUGUUCAAGACAACCUCAACAGGACUCUCACGGGAUCUGUUGCUAAAGUCAACAACCAAAUGAAUACAGGUGGUGGUGAUUCUUCACAGCCCUUGCACCCUGUGAGCCAGAACAUUCCAUUUAGCAAGUCUGGGGCUGGAACAUCUGCUGCUUCUGCUGGGGUUGCAUCAGUAAGGACACCUGCUCAAAACCUUUCCUCACAGCCACGGUCUUCACCCUCUGUUACUCAGUCACCAGAGCUGGCCCUUCAGGAAGGCAUGCAGUAUGGUGGAUAUGUUAAUAAUCAAGCUAGCUCUGCACCAGCUACCUUGUCAUCAAGUUCAGAUGAUGAGGAAGAGGAUGAGGAGGAUGAGGAAGCAGCAAUUGAUAGUUCCUCUACUACAAGCAGUGCCUCUCCUGUUCUGAACAAUUAUGAUGCCCUGGAAGGAGGUGGCUAUCCAGAGACACGUUCUGUGACCAGCAGCCCAGUUCCUGCUCCCUCAGCUCCCCAAACAUCAAAAGCUUCUAAGCCCUUUGGUUAUGGAUAUCCAGCACUGCAGCCGGGAUACCAAAAUGCAGCACCACCUACACCAGUACAGACCAGUAAUCCAGGACACCAUCCUGGCUUUCAACACUAUCCACAGCAAUAUCCAGGUGUGAACCAGCUGUCCUCUUCCUUAGGAGGGUUAAGUCUGCAGCAUUCUCAGCAGCCAGAAAGCUUGAGACCAGUAAACCUUACACAAGAUAGAAAUAUUUUGCCUGUAUCAUCAGUUCCUGCACCUGUGCCUAACUUGAAUUCUGAUCUUAGGAAAUUAAACUGCAGUCCCGACUCAUUUCGAUGUACGCUGACAAAUAUUCCACAGACACAGGCUUUGUUAAACAAGGCCAAGCUUCCUUUGGGUUUGUUGCUGCAUCCCUUCAGAGACCUAACGCAAUUACCAGUAAUAACAUCAAGCACAAUAGUGAGGUGCAGAUCCUGCAGGACAUACAUCAACCCUUUUGUUUCUUUCAUUGAUCAAAGGAGGUGGAAAUGCAAUCUCUGCUAUAGAGUUAACGAUGUUCCUGAAGAAUUUAUGUAUAAUCCCCUGACACGAUCUUAUGGAGAGCCUCACAAACGGCCAGAGGUCCAAAAUUCUACUGUGGAAUUCAUUGCUUCCUCAGACUACAUGCUUCGUCCUCCUCAGCCUGCGGUAUAUUUAUUUGUUUUAGAUGUGUCUCAUAAUGCAGUGGAGGCUGGAUAUUUGACAAUAGUCUGCCAGUCAUUGUUGGAAAACCUAGACAAGCUGCCUGGAGACUCAAGAACAAGAAUAGGGUUCAUAACAUUUGACAGCACUGUUCAGUUCUACAACUUGCAAGAAGGUUUAUCCCAGCCUCAGAUGCUGAUUGUAUCAGAUAUUGAUGAUAUUUUCCUCCCCACACCAGAUAGUUUACUUGUAAAUCUCCAUGAAAGCAAAGAGCUGAUCAAAGAUCUCUUGAACGCAUUACCAAAUAUGUUCACCAAUACAAGAGAAACUCACAGUGCAUUGGGCCCGGCUCUUCAGGCUGCGUUUAAACUCAUGUCUCCAACGGGUGGUCGGAUAUCUGUGUUUCAGACUCAGUUGCCAUCUUUGGGAGCAGGACUUCUGCAUUCCAGAGAAGAUCCCAAUCAAAGGUCAAGCACAAAGGUGGUCCAGCAUCUUGGUCCAGCAACAGAUUUUUAUAAGAAGUUGGCACUGGACUGCUCAGGCCAGCAGACUGCUGUGGAUUUAUUUCUUUUAAGUUCACAAUAUUCUGAUCUAGCUUCUCUGGCUUGCAUGUCCAAGUAUUCCGCAGGAUGCAUCUAUUACUAUCCAUCUUUCCAUCGUAGCCAUAAUCCUGCUCAGGCUGAAAAGUUGCAAAAAGACCUUAAAAGAUACCUUACCAGAAAAAUUGGAUUUGAAGCAGUGAUGCGCAUAAGAUGUACAAAAGGUCUUUCAAUACACACUUUUCAUGGGAACUUUUUUGUACGAUCUACUGAUUUAUUGUCCCUUGCCAAUGUCAACCCUGAUGCUGGAUUUGCAGUACAAAUGUCCAUCGAGGAAAGUCUGACUGACACAUCUUUGGUUUGUUUUCAAACAGCUCUCUUGUAUACCUCCAGCAAAGGUGAACGUCGAAUUCGAGUGCACACGCUUUGCUUGCCUGUAGUAAGUUCUCUGGCUGAUGUGUACGCAGGAGCAGAUGUACAAGCGGUUGUAUGCCUCUUAGCAAACAUGGCUGUGGAUCGCUCAGUUUCAUCUAGUCUUGCAGAUGCAAGAGAUGCCUUAGUUAAUGCUGUGGUAGACUCCCUGGCAGCGUACAUGUCAACAGCCUCAAAUCUGCAGCAGUCCAUGCUGAUAGCACCAAAUUCCCUCAAGCUGUUUCCACUGUAUAUUUUGGCCCUUCUCAAACAGAAAGCGUUUCGAACAGGCAUGAGUACACGCUUGGAUGAUCGCGUCUAUGCAAUGUGCCAGAUGAAGAGCCAGCCACUCGUUCAUUUGAUGAAAAUGAUACAUCCCAACUUGUACAGAAUAGACAAAUUGAUUGAUGAGAGCACAAUACAUGUAAAUGACAGAGUUGUUCCUCAGCCACCUCUUCAGAAGUUGUCUGCAGAGAAGUUGACAAGAGAAGGAGCUUUUCUUAUGGAUUGUGGUUCAGUUUUCUACAUUUGGAUCGGAAAAAACUGCGAUAACAAUUUCAUCAAAGAUGUCCUUGGAUACCCAAACUAUGCGUCAGUACCGCAGAAAAUGACACAACUUCCUGAGGUAGAUGCACCUUCUUCAGAAAGGACACGAUCCUUUAUUUCUUGGCUUAGAGACAAUAGACCUUUAAGUCCAGUUCUUCAAGUAAUAAAAGAUGAGAACCCUGCCAAAACAGACUUUUUUCAGCAUUUAAUUGAGGAUCGGACAGAAGCAGCGUUCUCAUAUUAUGAAUUCUUACUUAAUAUUCAACAGCAGAUUUGUAAGUGAGCAAGCAAUAAAUAGAGGAAAACUCCUGACUGCAGACAGAAGCGUGGGCCAAGAGAAGCAUAUGUGAUGAAAGUGGAUGCUUGUUCUUCACAAUCUACAGUGACCAGCACUGUUCUGGAAGCUUUAGAGCUAAAGAAGUAUACGUUUCCAAAAGAAUUUUGCAGAUUUACUUCAGUCUAAAAGUGCUUGGAGUGAUGAAGCUGUUUCACUAGUAAAGUUUGAAUUGGUUUAUACAUGUUUCCAGUUAUGCAGCGGUAUGGUGCUCUGUUCAUUGCAAGCUGGUGAAUUUAUAUAGCUAUGUGA